UAAGAAGAAAGGUGUGAAUGAGAGUAUUCUUGAUUUGUUCUUGUUACUGUGUGUAUUUGUGUGUGUGAGAAGAAGAAGAAGACGAAGUCAAUUGGGUGGGCGACAAAGACAAAGCAACUAGUAUUAUACUGUUUCCAUUUCUUUACAGUAUAACAAGACUUUUCUCUAUACAAUAAACUCUGAUUCAUUCAAUUCAAUACAAUAUUUUGACUCCCUUUAUAGUCUUCUUCAGAUCACCAUUUGUUUUACACUUGACGAACUUUCUGAACAAACCCCAUCAAAGUAUUUACUUCUCCUGCCCAUUUUUGCUUCCAAGAAUAUCUCACGGUUAUAAGAAGGAUAACUAUGAGCUGCUUCGGUUGUUGUGACGAUGAUGACAUGCAUAAACCUGCUGAUCAUGGACCAUUCAUGACCAACAAUGCAGCAGGCUACAAUGCAGGGCAGCGUGCAACAGAAAGUGCGCAAAGGGAGACGCAGAAUGUUAACAUCCUGCCCAUUGCUGUUCCUUCUAUAACUGUUGAUGAGUUAAAAGACAUCACAGACAACUUUGGUACAAAAGCCUUGAUAGGUGAGGGAUCGUAUGGAAGGGUAUACCAUGGUGUCCUGAAAAGUGGGCGGGCUGCAGCCAUUAAAAAGUUAGACUCGAGCAAGCAGCCUGAUCGAGAAUUUUCAGCACAGGUUUCCAUGGUAUCAAGACUAAAACAUGAAAACGUGGUUGAGUUACUCGGUUAUAGUGUGGACGGCGGUCUUCGUGUGCUGGCUUAUGAGUAUGCCCCCAAUGGAUCUCUCCAUGACAUUCUUCAUGGACGGAAAGGUGUGAAAGGUGCACAGCCAGGUCCAGUAUUAUCAUGGGCCCAACGGGUUAAAAUUGCCGUUGGAGCUGCAAAAGGGCUAGAGUACUUGCAUGAAAAAGCACAGCCACAUAUUAUCCAUCGUGAUAUUAAGUCUAGCAAUGUCCUACUCUUUGAUGAUGAUGUUGCUAAGAUUGCGGAUUUUGAUUUAUCAAAUCAAGCUCCUGAUAUGGCAGCACGCCUUCACUCUACACGUGUUCUUGGAACCUUUGGUUAUCAUGCUCCUGAAUAUGCAAUGACUGGUCAGCUGAGUUCAAAGAGUGAUGUUUACAGCUUUGGUGUUGUCCUCCUUGAACUACUCACUGGUCGUAAACCUGUUGAUCAUACAUUACCACGUGGCCAACAGAGUCUUGUGACAUGGGCAACACCAAGACUUAGUGAAGAUAAAGUGAAGCAAUGUGUUGACGCUAGACUCGGUACAGAUUACCCUCCUAAGGCCAUUGCAAAGAUGGCUGCAGUUGCUGCUUUGUGUGUGCAAUACGAAGCUGAUUUUCGGCCAAAUAUGAGCAUUGUGGUAAAAGCUCUACAACCUCUGUUGCACGCUCGACCUGCACCUAGUGAAACAUCAAACUUGUGAUUCUCUCCUUUGCCGCAGCCGCUACCAAAUGGAAUGACAGUGAUUGAGAUUUGUUUUGUUGAGUUGAAAAUGAUAUUAUACUAGUAGUUAUCUGGGUAAAUAGCAGACAUACUGUGCUUUCCCCCCUUCUUUUACUGGUCUCAAUUGAAUGUGAAUAAAUUUAUACAUGUACUAAUGAAAGUAGCUUUGCCUAUUCUUUUAAUGGAUAUUAUUCUUGAGGUCUUGAA